AUGGGUCACUACGGAGGCUUAGGUCCCAUGACCAACGCAGUCCUUUGGAUAGAGGUUAUUGUCUUCGCUCUCUUUGUAGGGCUCAGGCUCUAUACGCGAAAAUACAUUUUGGACUCCGUUGGGUUUGACGAUUAUCUAGUCUUGAUUGCGUUGGCUCUGCAAAUUCUCUACACUGCCUUCGUGACGGUAGCAAGUGUAUACGGCCUAGGCCAGCUCUAUGCUGAUGUUGGUGAUCCAAUCAUCUAUUUCACCGCUGUCAAAUAUGAACUGUUCAGCCAGAUAGCUGGAAUUAUGGUCAUUGGGGUGGGUAAAGCGGCCGUUGGCGUUUUCCUGCUUCGAAUCGUGCGGAAUAAGAUCCAGAUUGGGUUUAUCUGGGCUUGUCUGGCAAUUACUGCGUUCAUUACGCUUUUUGCCAGCAUUACCGUCAUAGUGCAGUGUAUCCCAGUCGAAAGAUCAUGGAAUCCAUCUGUACCGGGCCGUUGUUGGCUCGACUUUUCCAAGGUUGCCUAUACUAUUGGAUGUGAGUACUUCACAUGGUUCGUCGCUGCAGACUUCUCAUUUGCAAUUCUGCCUUGGUUCGUGGUCUGGGAUCUCAACAUGAAGCGAAAGGAGAAGAUCACCGUCACUUGUGGCCUCAGUCUUGGAGUAUUUGCUGGAAUAUGUGGUAUCAUCAGGACCAAAGCUCUGGGAGGACUGAAUGCAUCUGAGUAUAUACAUGAUACGGUACCAAUGCUUAUUUGGUCUGCCACCGAAAGCUGCGUCACAAUAAUGUGCUCUUCAAUCCCCGUCCUGCGUCCACUUUACGUCCGCCUUAGGCACGGUGGGGAUAGCCAGAGCAGUUCUACUGGCAACACCCCCUACAAGCUGCCAAUAUAUGGCAGUGGUAGACAAUGGGAUAAAUUUUCGAAUCCCGGCCUUGAGUCUUCGGCCGACGAGCGGUGUAACACUACCUGCCAAACAAUCGUCACCAAGAAUAGUGCAGGCAAUACCAGCGAUGAAGAUAUUCUUCAGGGUGCAGCAGUCAUUGAAAGGACAGACGAGAUAUCAAUCAGCUAUGAACAAUAUGGAAAGAAAGUGUAA